UUUAACACCAGGCAUCAGUAAGGCGCCAACCGUGUUUAAGAAAUCAUGAGAUAACGUUUUUACGAAAUUUAUUAUUUAUCGCAGUAACGUUAAUUCUGAUUUUUUAUUUUAUUACAAAUCUAUUUAUUUUAUUUUUUUUUUUAAAGUAGUGACGUUAGUUCUAAUUACUUCAACAAAAUUCUAUAUUCAAAGAAUCAAUUAGUUUUUUUUUAUCUACUAAUUUCGCCCUGAGCGAUAGAAGAAAAUUACAAAAUGAGACUGUAAUUUCAAAUAUAAAACUCGUCAUUCGGUUAAUUGAAUUACUACGAACAGAAGCAUUCAAAUAAUUUUGAGGUGCGUUGGUAAAAAUUAAAAAGUGCGUAAAAUAAUUUAAAAAGUGUUAUUUUAAUGUAUACCAGCUGGUAUAUAUUUAAGUAAAUAGUAGAUAUUUUAAAUAAAUAAUAAAAAUGACGAGCCCACUAGAAACAUGGAACAAUUCACUGCCAACAUGGGAUUUAAACACGACGAUGACAACAUUUACCGAUGUCAUGUCCUCACAAAAACGUUUAACUUCUGUUCAAUUAAUUAUUUUAACUCUUGUGUUUAUGUUGGGUAUUGCCGGCAAUAUAUCUGCUCUGAUUAUACUUUUUUAUAAGGACAAGAGACGAAAUCAUAAGCAUUUGCUGAUGCUGCGAUGCCUGGCAGUAAAUGAUUUAGUCGCUCUUUUGGGGCAACUGAUUCAAAUGUAUGUGGCAACUUUUGCAUCUUCAAUAGCAACACAACAAUAUUUUUGUGCAUUGAGAAUACUUUGGCGUACAUUUGGUCUUUUUAGCGGGGGUGUUGCUAUCGUCAUGGCUGUUGAAAGAUGGCUCGCUUUAACUCGUCCGUUUGUUUAUCAGAAGCACGUGACGUAUCCAAGGAUUGUGCAGUUUAUGAUAAUAUUUUGGAUCGCUGCUUUAACAUUAACGAGUCUGCCAUUAUUUGGGUUUGGACUAUGGUAUGAUAAUGGACAGUGUGCUCGUUAUCGCGAGGCCAAACAGCCAGUAGAUAUUGCCUAUGCGUAUCUAUCAUUCUUUUUUGGAACCGUAUUAUGCUUAUCGAUUGUUUGGUUCAACUUGGCGGUGUCAAGAGUCCUGGGUAAAUUCAGUCAGAAAAAUAAAUUAUUGCGAAGAUGCUCGCGAGCGGCGUCACACAAUAAAGCCUUCGCGUCUUCGAAAACAUUUACGUUGGGAGAAAUUGGAACGACUAGUGAAGAACGAGCAUUUGCUAAAUUGAUGGCUGUACUUUCAACGUCAUUUGUUCUUUGCUGGAUGCCUCAUAUGAUUACUAUACCUGUGGCUCAAUAUUAUUUGAGUUUAAAAGAGACAACAGAUUUCAUUAAAAAAAGUGUUAAAGUAUUUUUUCAAACGGCUGAUGUACUACUCGGGGUCCAUUUUACUCUGGACCCAUAUUUUUAUGUCUUACUACGGGUACCGAGAAAUAAAUUUUCAUUGUUGAAACACUUGUGCCAUAUUUGCUGGCCAGCACGAAGCCGUUCAAGUUCUUCGAGUGAUCAUCAUGAUCACGGGGAGGGUCCUCCGACGCCAAUUACCGAAGUACCGCUCACUUCAAUUAUCGCCGAACAUCAAGAUUUACUUCUCUGUGAUAAAGUGACGCUGUAGGUUUCAAUUUAUUUAUUUAUUAUUAAAUCGACGGUAAUUUUUUUUUUUAUUAUUAAAGAGACUCGAAAUUUGUUUCUUACGAAUGAUCUUUAGGCUGUUAAUUUAUCGGCACUAUUAUUUUAAAUAUUAACUAAAAUAAUUUAUUUAUUAAGACUGAGGCAAAAUGAGAGAUUUUAAAAUAAUCUACUGCUGAUUUGUGAUUUUAAUCGUUAAUUAAUUUUAGUUAAAAUUUAAAAUGUUUAGUUUUUUUUUAAUAAAAAUUAUUGUCUCUUCGAUCUAUUCUACAUAAAUAUCAGGAGUUAUUUAACUUUUUCUACUGUAUACUUUAAUUUUUAAGUAUCUAUUAAAGGUCAGUGUUCCUCUAAGUGCUAAUCUAGUCAUAAAA